CCCGCCCACCCGCCAAUUCGCACGCCGAGCAACGCCAUAGCAACCGCCCGUCACGACACGGCCCCGAUCCACGCCCCCCAACCCACCGGAGAGCUGGCUGCCCACCCGCAACCCGCACGCGUGGAGCGCCCGCUUAUGAUUGCGACCGUUGUCGCGCCCCGGACGAUGCCCUCGUUGACGGCCGACCAGAGCGACUCCACCCACGGCCACACCAUCCAGACCUACACGCUGCCCUCGCGCACCCUGUCCGACAAGUCGCUGUUCCACGCCGACUACAGCGACAAGGUGCACCAUGGCCCGCCGCACACGCCCAAUGGCAAGCCCACCAACGGCGCCGUGAUGCAGUCGAUACCCAACGGCCGACCCGUGCAGCCCGCCCACGGCGAGAAGCGGACACAGCAGCACGCCGACGGCAGCGCAGGCCGCCAGCGAGCGUCCAGUGUGGGCAAGCACACGCCCUCAAGCACCGAAGCGCAGCGGCUCAACUCCGGCGCGCUAUCCGGCAGGGAUGAUGGCUACUUCGCGUCCGUCUACAGCAGCGAGCAGGACGACGGCUACAAGACCACCCACGUCACCCUCAACGCGACGAGCCCGCCCCCCGCCCCCAAGGACGCCCCCAAGACCAGCACCGAGUCGCAGCCGCACAAUCCCCAGAGCAGCCUGCAGAUCCCGGGCUCCACCUACCGCGUCUCCUCCCCGCCCGCCUUCAACCACACCACAAGCCCUGCCGAGGCGCCCUACCGCCUGCAGCACCGGCACACCCUCGAGGUGCCCAGCGUCUCCGCCGCCCGUGCCCAGGGCCUCCGCGGCGGCAACACCACCGAUGACGUCGUGACUGCCAGCGGUCGAUUCUCUCCGGUCAACACGCCAACCCGCCGCCGGGGGUCAAUGUCUCUGGCACGCCGCGCCACUCGCUCCAUCCACUCCGACAUGCAUCUCGACGAGGUGCCCCAGGACGAAGACGCUGCGCGCUGGGCCGAGCACAUCAGGCAGAAGCGCGCCAGCAAGCGGAAGCGGAGGGAUGACGACGACGACGACCGUGUUGUUGUCGGCACCAAGGUUGACCAGAACCACGUCAACUGGGUGACGGCCUACAACAUGCUCACGGGCAUCCGCUUCACCGUCUCGCGGACCAAUGCGAAGAUGGAUCGCGACCUGACGGAUGCCGACUUUGACGCCAAGCACAAGUUCUCUUUCGAUAUUGCCGGAAACGAACUUACGCCAUCCGCAAAGUACGACUUCAAGUUCAAGGACUACGCGCCCUGGGUCUUCCGCCAUCUCCGUAGCAUCUUCGGCCUCGACCCCGCCGACUACCUCGUGUCGCUGACGAGCAAAUACAUCCUUUCCGAACUAGGCUCUCCCGGCAAGAGCGGGAGCUUCUUCUAUUUCUCUCGAGACUACAAAUACAUCAUCAAAACCAUACACCAUGGCGAACACAAGUUCCUCAGAAAAAUCCUCAAGGACUACUACAACCACGUCCAGGAAAACCCAAAUACCCUGCUGUCCCAGUUUUACGGCCUGCAUCGCGUUAAGAUACCCUACGGACGCAAGAUUCAUUUCGUUGUCAUGAACAAUCUAUUCCCCCCGCAUCGAGACAUCCACCGCACAUUUGAUUUGAAGGGGUCGACAAUUGGACGAGAUUUCAAGGAGGAGGGGUUGGAGGCGAACCCGCGUGCCACUCUAAAGGACCUCAACUGGUUGCGGCGGGACCAGCACCUAGAAUUCGGACCGGAGAAGAAGAAGGCGUUUGUCGAGCAGAUGCAGCGGGAUGUCAAGCUCCUGCAGAAGUUGCAUAUCAUGGACUACUCAAUGCUUAUUGGCAUCCACGACCUGGAGAAAGGGAACGAGGAGAACCUGCGAGACAAGACAUUGCAGGUGUUCCAGCCGGGCGGUGAGGCGGCGGAAGACGCACUGCCCAACACGCUCACGCGGACACCGUCGAAGCUGGAAAGCGCACGCAAGGCCAAGGAGCUGAGGCAGAUGAUCAAGACUCAAAAGCCUGUACCCAUGGACCAGACUGCGACCAAGAUGCCCGAUGAGCUACAAGGGCAGCAAAAGAACAACUACUUCUACGUGGAUGACGGUGGCUUCAGAGCUACGCACGAGGACGACACACCAGGCGAGGAGGUUUACUACCUCGGAAUCAUCGACUGCCUGACACAUUACAACCUCAUCAAACGCAUAGAGCACAGGUGGAAGGGCUUGAUGGCCGAGGAAUCACAGAUCUCUGCCAUUCCGCCCGAAAGAUACGGCGACCGAUUCCUAAAAUUCCUCAGCAGCGUUACCAAAACACGCGAAGCCGCCGAUCGAGAAAAGGCCGAGGAGUCUGCCCACGUCGCCAACGACCCCGUCCUCGCAGGCAUAAACGACACCCGCAGCGAACGCGAAUCCACCGAGAAAGUCCUCCACAAAGCCCAUACUCAGGCAGAGCACUCGAAGCGCCACGGCGCGUCCGAGGAGGACAUCCCCAAGCGCGAAAUGCGAAUCGUCCGCAGCCCGUCCGCCGAACGCGGCGAGCUCGGCACCACUCUCCCGGUCGUCGAGGAAGCACAGGAGACCUCCUCCACCGGCGGCCGCUCUGCACGCAGCACAGACACCAAUCUCGUCGCCCCUCCGCUCCGCCAGGAAGACCGCGGUCUGGAGAACAGCCCCCGAGAACGCGACCAGAGCCAUGGCCGGCCGCCGCCCACACCACCUAAGGACUCGGGCACGGGCGCGAGUGAAGAGCGCCCGCCCACGCCACCGAAAGACGCGGGAUAUAGCCUCAACCAGCGGCAUUCGGGGCCGCCCACGCCGCCCAAGGAGGAGAGGGGCCGCGAAAGGAAGAAUCAGGAUAAGGAGUUGCCGCAUUUGCCGCCGAUGGAGACGGUCGUGAGGGUCAACUAGGUGGCUUUCACGACGGGGCAAGGGGAGGAGGUUGAGACGUAGUGGUCUUGUCGCUGAGUUGGUCGCCGUUGUUGAGUUGCGUUUGCACAUACCCCCCGCAUGCAUGCAUUCUUCUGCACUUUUCGUCUUUUCUUUCAUC